CGUGUCGUGCGUGCCUCCUGCAGAAUAUUCGACCCUCGUCAUGGUGGCUGUCCACCAGGAGUCCAGACCCGAGUCCAAAACUCUUCCCACCUUCAUCCACCUGUCUCUACCACUAGCAAGUCAUAGGUAGGAAGAUCCUGCAGCUCGAUCCCCAGCAGAAGGGAGAGUUCUCUUUAUGUUCGACGGUACUUGCCAUGUGCUAACCUUCGACUCCUCCAAUGCUCUUGCACAUCAUCCUCCGUAUCCAGCCAACGUUGUCCCUAUGCCAUGGAUACACCUCCUUUGAAGCGAAGAUCUCCUUCCCUUGACGGCCGCGGUCCGCCCUCGAAGAAAGUCAAGACUCUCGUCGAAGAGCCUGCACAAUACAGCGAUGCAGUGCGGAAAAAACUCGCGACCACCUCCCGUACGGGGCAGGCUUGUGACCGAUGUAAAGAGCGGAAAAUGAAAUGCGACACCGAUCCCAUAGCUUGUGGACCUUGUCGGCAAAAGAACAUGCGAUGCUUCACCACCGAUCGGGUCACUAAGCAGGCAAGAGAGAGAGGAGAAACGGAUCGUGCAGAGAACCAGUUGCUGUUCUUGAGGGAACAGUUGACUGCGUACCAACUGAGGUUCGGCCCUUUGCAACACCUAAUAGAGACCAACGGGCCUGUUCUGGCGACACCAAAAGAAUCAGUUGUCACGCCAGUGACAUGUCCCACAACGUCGAUCCCAGAUGCGCGCUACGUCGGUUGGCCUGCGCCUGAAAAUUCUGAGCCCCUCAGUUCAGGGCCUGUGAAGGGGACCGUGGUUGAUAUCAUGGAUGGCCAGAUAGACAUUGCAGAUUGGGAGUGUGAGAUGAUGAACGACUAUCCGCAAGAUCGCAUGAACAAGUUCAAUGUCUCAAGGACUUCGGUCAUUAAUACCAUCAGCGGCUACCAGCGAGUUGAGGAUCCAAAGCCGCCACCCAAGGAAGAGGCCUUACGCGAUGCCCAGCAUUUUCUGGUCAUCAUGUCGCAAUAUGUCCCGAUCGUCCAUCGGUCGAGCUUUACGGAUCUUGUCCACAGAUUUUACGACCUCCCGGGCUCGCUGUCAGCAGCCGAACGGGUUCAGGUCUUCAUGGUAUUUGCCAUCCUCGCGCAGCAAACGGCGGUAAGAAACCAUUUGCAUUCAGCGGAGAAGUUUGAGGACUCCCACCGGUACUUCCAUGUCGCCCUGGGCCAUUAUCGUGAGCUAUUUCACGAUCGGUCUAUUGCGUCCAUGCAAGCUAUGGCGUUGAUCAUUGUCCAUCUUCGCAAUCUGCCCAAACCUGGAAUAUCUUGGGUUUACAGCCACAAAGUCCUGGUCCGCGCCAUUGAGUUGGAAUACCACCGGGAUCCCGACAAAAUUCGGUUGCCUGAAGGUGAAAGCGAUCCACUCUCGAAAGAGCUUCGCAAGAGGAUAUUCCACUCGAUUCUCGGCGUCUGUGUGACAACAGGCUGCAGAGUCGGAUUACCUGCUCCAUGGCAAUUUCAGCACAUUGAUCUGCCUCUUCCCAAAGCAAUCAAAGACUCAGAGAUUUCCAAACAUAGCAUAGCGCCCCAGUUAUCAGGCUCGUGUGAUUUCUGGCCAUCUCUGCAAUUGGCGAAACUACUCCCUUUGCUGACUGAACUCCACAAUAAUAUCAUUUCAGUAAGGAAGCCAGCCGCAGAAUAUCUACAGACGGUCGAAGCACUGAAUACCAAGAUCAUGGCAUGGCGACAAGACUGGGAAGAGUCAAUCAAGUUCGAAGCCAAGCACAUAAAUCUUCAUGUGGCGACAUUGCUCAUGGAGACCUGGGCGGCUGAGUAUCAGUUGAACCUACACCAUCCGGUUUGCUGUACAAGUGAUGAUCCUGCCGUUCAAGAGCGACAUCUGGAAUCUUGCCACAAAGCCGCCAAGCGACUCCUACAGACCUUCCACACACUUUCAAGCAAGUAUAAGGGCGUGGAUUUCACCUGGCAUUCGACCCUGGCGUACGCGACUGGCUUUGGCAUCACAUUAUAUGUGUACAGAAGGAAAAAUAACCCGGUCACUGUCGAGCAAUUCGAGGCAAUGCGGAAUGAGCUGAAAGGCUGGAUAUCAUUGAUGGCGUAUGCUGAUCUCGUUCUAAAAACUGGCAACCACCUUCAGCGACAAUUUCAGCCUCGAGUUCAAUCCCUCGAAGAACAAUAUCGGCGACUGAUCAUCGACAGCAAGCCCUCAACCAUACAACUGCCCUUCAUCUCAGUCAAUGGCUCGGCAGCCUCUCAACCUCAUCACCACAAACAAGAGCCUCAGCCUCCUUUCCCUUAUCCAGACAGCCAACUACCACUAAGCCAAAAGAACAGCCUUCCGCACCCCACGUUCGUGCAGACGCAUACACCGUCGUCACAAAGCCAGCCUCCUCAACCGUGGUCACCGCCCUUCGCAUUCUUACCUCAGCCGCACACUCAAACCCAAGCUACUUCUCCUAUAUACCCAGGCUUCUCGCAGUCACCAAUUUCCGCUUUAUCAGCCGGUCCGGUCCAGACAGUCCCUACGUCAUUGGCGUCUCUGCUCAACGACUCGGGCAGCAUAUAUGUCAACUAUCCUACACCACCGCAGUCGCAAAAUGGCUUGAACGGAGACUCGUACAUGUCUUUCCAGCCCAACCAUUAUUUUGACGGACCUGGCCGGUUGACGUGGCCGCUUAUAUCGAUGCCUCCUGGGUCGCAGUCGUAAUGGUGAGCGGUCAAGGGCAAAAGCUAUAUCGGAUGUUGGAAACCCGCUAAUGAAAGACUUUGAACGAGACAGAUGAGUACUCGGAGGAAUUGUGAAUAGAUAAGAAUCAUAGUGGUGUAUCAUAGUACAUAAUCAACCAGCUACAUAUGGCAGACGAGAUCCGUGCCUACUAAUAGUCUACAUAACUCAUAGCACGUCGCACACGUAAUCUGACAGGCA